GUGUCAUAACAUAUAUUGAACAGCUUCAGAAGGUCAAAAAAAAAAAAUAUACAUGGAUCUAUUUCGAUAGUCUUUAGACAGUCAGGAAAAGGUACAAAUAUGGAAUCGACAAAUUCUACCAUGGAUUUGGCUUAUAGUUUUUAUAGUGAAAGCUCAAAUUCUACAAUAAGUUUAAACAAAGCGAUGCUUAUGUCAAUCGAUGAUGAUAAUACAUUAAAUUCUGACAAUAAUAGUUGUUAUCAUUCAUAUAUCGAAGAACAAAAUGAAACAUUAUUUGAACACACCGAUAGCACAAGUUUAAAGCCUUUAUCCAAUUUUGAUUCGAACUUGGAACAAGAAAAUUCAGAUAAUUUGGAAGAUACACAACAUACAAAUAUCGAAGAAGAGAAUCAUGAAGGAUAUAUUCCAUUAAGGACGCUGUUAAGGAAUAUGUUUGAGGAAAUUUUAGGAAAGUAUAAUGGAAUCACAAGACAGUCAAAUGUAAGUUCGAUUAACAGAAGUUCAAACAGUGACUAUUCAAUGGAUAAUUGGGACAAUGCAGAUGAAGUAAAUAAUAAUAUUUUAAUUUGUCAAACACAAAAAUCUAAUAAUAUUGUUAUAACUACUAUCGAUAAUGUAAAAGAUUCUGAUAAAAUUAUUACUUUAUCUUCACAGCAUAUAUUAGAUUCUAGAAGCAUAAAUACAAUAUUAGAAAAUUCCAAUGAAAGUUCUAGUAAUUCACAGAGAAAUGAUAGUUCUAAAUGGUCUGGAAGAUUAAUAGACAAAUUAAAAAAUUUCACUUCUCACAGAAGAGAAAAGAAAUAUAGAAAUCGACAUAUAUUUAUUACUAGUGAUAUAAGUAAUGAAAGUACAUCUUCGAGCAUAUCAGAUGAUGUUAAAAAAGUAACCGAAGAAAUUUUUCAAAAGGCAAACAAUUUAUCAAUGGAUGAUUCUUUAAAAUUAAAAAGUAAUAAUGCAACACCAAAUAAUGAAAAAAAAACUCCAAUAAAAAAAAAACAAAGUAUAAAACGGAGAAGUGUAUCUUUACCGAAAUAUAUAGAAGAUGAAAAUACUGAACAACAAAAUGAGAAAAUAUUAAUUAAUAAUUCACAAAAGAUUUAUACACCACCCUAUAUAAAAAAUAGAUCAAAUUAUAUAAGUACAUCACCGAUUAAACCAGUAAAAUACUUAAGACAAUAUUUUGCAAAUUUAGAUAAUAAAAAUAAAAAAAAUAUAAAGCGAUCGCCAUUAAAUAAAUAUAUAAGAAGAUACAGAAUACCUUAUAUACGUGUAAUACCUGCUACGCCAAAAUAAAGUAUAAAUAAAUGGAAUUUAUUUUAUUGUAGUAAAAAUUAUGCAUAUAUUAUUACUGCUUAAACAUAUGCAUUAACAUAUGUUUAACGUAUGCAUUAACAUAUGUAUUAAUACACAUAUGUAUUAAUAAUUUAUUUUAAAAACAAAAAAGUUCUAGAAAACUAUAAUAUAUUUUUAAUUGUGAUUAAGAAUAUGUUAUUAUAUUUAUAUUUUAUAUUUAUAUUUCUUUCUUUAUUUAAUUUAUUAUUUCAUAUUUAUAUUUAUUUAUUUUAUUUAUAUUUAUAUCAAUUUGUGAAAAGAUAUUUUAUAUUUAUUAUAUUUAAUAUAAAGAUAUUUUUAACUAUAAUUAAGAAUAUAUUUAUAUUCUUUCAUAAAGUUAUUAAUGUAUAUCUUUUCAUAAAAAAAGUAAAAGAAAAUAAAUUUUUUAAAUAAAUUGUUAGAUUUUAUUAUUAAGUUCUAAAUAAAUUAUUAUAAAUUAUAUGAAAAUA